CCCAAUCACCAAGCGCGCCAGCGGGGAAAGCGAGGGGAGGACCAAUGAGAACGCGGCUCUUCCGGAGCCGAUUGGCUCCGCCGGAGGCCGGUGGGCGCAGGCGCGGCGGAAGCGGCGCGGGAAGCGGUAAGAUGGCGUACCAGACGUUCCGGCAGGAGUACCUGCAGGUGCCGCCCGUGACGCGGGCCUACACCACGGCCUGUGUCCUCACCACCGCCGCCGUGCAAUUGGAACUAAUCACACCCUUUCAGCUGUAUUUCAACCCUGAACUAAUAUUUAAGCACUUUCAAGUAUGGAGGUUAAUCACCAACUACUUAUUCUUUGGACCAGUUGGCUUUAAUUUUUUAUUUAACAUGAUCUUUUUAUACCGUUACUGCCGAAUGCUCGAAGAAGGCUCUUUUCGAGGUCGGACGGCAGAUUUUGUAUUUAUGUUCCUUUUUGGAGGACUUUUAAUGACUCUUUUUGGCCUGUUUGUGAACUUGGUUUUCUUGGGUCAGGCAUUCACAAUAAUGCUCGUGUACGUGUGGAGCCGCAGGAAUCCCUAUGUCCGGAUGAACUUUUUUGGUCUUCUCAUCUUUCAAGCCCCAUUUCUGCCCUGGGUAUUGAUGGGGUUUUCACUGCUGCUGGGGAACUCCAUCAUUGUGGAUCUCCUGGAGGAUGUCUUUCCUAAUCAGCCUGGUGGUGGGAAGCUUCUGAGAACACCGUCUGUCCUCAAAGCAAUAUUUGAUACACCAGAAGAUGACCCUAAUUACAAUCCUUUGCCAGAAGAACGACCGGGAGGAUUUGCGUGGGGAGAAGGUCAGCGCCUUGGAGGCUAAUAAGCGUCUGUGCCAAAACCCAGCGAGAACUGGGAGAGACUGACCUGAGCAGAGAUCCAUACUGGGGACUCCUUAUUCCCCAUCACAGAAAGGACCUUCUUGACAGCUCUAUGGUUUUGAAUACAAGCACUUUAUGCAGUCUAAUCCAAGACACUUCCAGACUACCAAUGUCUUUCCCAGUCAGGGAAUUUAUUGUGCUGGUAACGAAAAUACUAAUCCAGUGGAGCCAAAAACCUAAAACUGGAAACCAUUUCCUGUCAGCUUCAGUUAACAAGACCAUGAGUACUUGUUUGAAGUGAUUUCUAAAGUGGUUUGGUUUUUUCCCAAGUUAUUUGAUACAGGAAUCUAUAUGGGAAACUUUACAGGAGACAAACCCAACUUUUUUGGGUUUUAACUCAUUUUUUAUUCUUGGAUAAAACUAGAAGAUGGUCAAAAGUGUAAGUCCCUAUUUCAAUGGCAAAAGGUUUUUUAGUCUGAGGUGCUAUUGUCUCCAGUCAUGUUUGAAUGGUGAGAAAUACAACAUGCAGCAUAAUGCAGGCGUUUCAGUUUGCCACCUGGGUUUCUGGAAUGUGCCUCUGUGUGGAUACACUUGCCAGGCUGAGAUUGCAUUUUGAUGGCUUUGCCCCCCAAGAGUGUGUGUUCAAAUUUGAGUCUGGCUGGUUUAAAUAAGUAGUUCUGCAAAAUCCACCCCCCUACACAUGCGCACUCCUAAUGGUUCUUAGAUGGCUUGGAGCCCAAGGGAAGAAAACUUGUCUGGAGUCAGAACAGCUCAAAUAUCUCAAAUGAUGAGGUGAAUAAAGUGUCUUGUGGAUCCUUUUGGUUAAUCCUUUGUAAAAUCCGAUAGUCUUGAGGCAGUUGGCUAAAAGCAGAAGUAGGGAAAAGCAGGUCCCUGAAGAGGCUUUUCCCACAAGUGUGUCUCGGAACUGCUAGGAAACAGGAUUGUCCACUCAAGAUGUUUAGUUUGAAGUUUGUUGUGGAAUGACUGAGUGUCCAACACUGGUCAGUGACACUGAACAGGAUUUAGCUUGAAGUGAUGUUGAUUCUAAAUACCUAGAUGAGGAGCCACAUAAGGAAUUAGGAGCAUGGUUCAGCUUGACCCGUUCAGUUGCUCCUAAGAUGCUGUGGACUCUACUGGGGUGUAGCUCUUUAUUGAUUACAUUGUACUAGAUAAAAAGAGAUAUUGUUGAAACUGCAUCUUUCUCCCAGAUGUGGGAGGAGGCCCCAGCCUUGGUACACAGGUGGUCAUCUUGUUUAGUCUCAGAUGUUGCUGCUGUUAAAAAUCAGCUGCAGGUUUUUAACUUGUCUGUAGUUCAGGAGAUGUAUGUGUUGGGAUCUCAAAGGAAAUGCUUUGUCCACAAGCAGUGUAUUAGAUCCUGAUAAACAAAAUCAGUCAA